UAUUAUCACGUGUUUGCUAGCUUCUGAAAGAAAACCGAUUGACCAAAGUGUGGUAUGAGCGGGGUGGGUGGGGGUGGGGGAGCCUGAUACCGAGAAGCGAGCUGGAAGUAACUCUCAGCCGGGGAAGCCACUUGGCGUGCUGCAGAACAUCCCCCUCCUCCGCUGAGGCACCCCCACCCCACCCCCGGGUCCCGGUAUCUAUCACUGCAUCCUCGCGCGGUGCUGCCGCCAUGGCUUGGCCCUGCAUCAGCCGAGUGUGCUGCCUGGCGCGCUUCUGGAACCAGCUGGACAAGUCGGAUCUGGCCGUGCCGCUCACCAUCCACAAUUACUCCGACAUCGAAGAAGGGGCGGAAGCGGGCGCUGGAGGCAGCCCUCAGCAGCCCCGGGUCCCGUCCGGAGGCACCGCCAGCAGCCGACCCCAAGCCCCUCCGCGGGCAGCCUCUGCCCUGCCGGUCUCCGCGUCCGCCCCCUCGUUGCGGGACAACCUGGUCGUUGUCAAGAGGCCGUCGAAAAAAAGCGGGGGCAGGCACCGGAAGGAGCCCUUCGCCGCAGAGACUCAGUACCAGCAGGAUUUUCGAGCGUGGCCGCUGCAGAAGAGAGACACCCUGCCCUGGCUUGGGGAGUGUCGGAAAGCUGAACCCACGCGGGCACCUCCGGCCGCGGGAGCCCCUGCCGCCUCUCCCCACGCUGACAUCCUGGCAGGGUCUCGCGUGUACGUGCUGCCGGCGGCAAGGCAGGAGGUGAGCAAUAAGGACGUUGGCUCCAGACAGGUGUGGCCUUCCUCCUCGCCUCCAGGUAUCGCCAGGACUUCUUACAGACAUGAAUAUCACCCAUGGUCUGCAGGAAAACGAUCCAGGCCUACAAAGACAACACAAGGGUUCAUUAUUCCAGAAGAUCACUUUGUGCAAGAAUCUAGCUACAAGUCAGACUUUAAGAUUCCAGAAGCAAAGACAAAGUUUUCUUCAAAUCCUUCUGCUGUUUUCCAGGCGCCAUCUCACAUUCUCAGUAUAUGAAUCUGGAUCAUGAUCAUUUUCUGUUCAACCAGCUUAAGGUUGUGAAAAUGAACAGCUAUGCAACUUU